AUGCAAGUUGUUAUUUUACAAAAUGAAACCAAAUGUUCCUUAUUACAUGAUUAUUUAAAGCAAAUUUAUUCACCAACACUCAGUAAUCAAUUAAUUCAUAGUGAAAAUUAUUUAAAAUAGGAAUUAAACGAUUUUGAAAAGUGAAAAAAAAUUUAUUCUAAUUUUAGAUUAUUGGAAGAAAGCGAGUAAUUAGAAGAAAUCAUAUUGGAACAAAAGACAGCAACACAAAAGAUUGUUAAACAACUAAAUGACAAGAUUCAAUCAGAAGAGGUUGUAUAUAGUUCUAUAAAUAGGAUAAAUUCAAAAAAGUAGAGACUUAUAAAAAAGGAAAAAAAGAUGAAUUAACUGCUAUAUAAAAAGCAUUAGACUAAACUUCCAGUGCAAUGAAAGAAUCUUGUUCAAAGGUAUUGAAGGAUCUGAAAUUAUAGAUUGAUAGUAAAGAGUUAAACAAGAUUACACAGCUUCCUUAAGGAAUGGAUUAAUUUUUUGGAAAUUUAUUUUCUAUAGUUUACAAUGAAGAUUAAAGUAAAUUUAAUUGGAUCUAAUUCAAGAAAAAAGUGUAAGAAUUAUUAUUUAAUUAAUAGUUUUGAUGAAGAUAAAGGAAGUGAUUUUUAGAGUAGAUUAGCUAACUUUUAAUUUAAAGGAGUGAGCUAAGAAAAAGAAAGUUUGUUACAGUAGAUGAAAGCUGAUCCAUAAUUCUAAAAAGUUUUUUAAGAUCCAAAAUACACUAGAGCAUUUUUAGAUAUUGCUGAUUGGGUUUUAAAACAUAAUUUAUUUAAGAUUUCUUUUGUUGUUUCAGGUUUAGAGUCCCAAAGAAAAAAGGAUCUUGUUUUUUAAGAAUUUAAUAGGAUUGACAAAGAGUUUAGUACAAGAAAAGUUGAACUUGAAAGUUAUUAAAAAACUUAUGUAAUUUUAAAUAGUGAUAUUAGCAAUUUUGGAUUUAAUAAUUAAUUUAUUAAGAGAACUAAUAAGGUUUAUUAAACAGAAUUAAACCAAAUAUUAAAUAGAUAGAUUUGGAUAUUAUGAGAAGCAAAGAAAAUUUGAAUAAGCAUAUUGAUUAAUUUCUUAAUGGAGUAAAUAAAAUAAAUGAUUUAUUUCAAACAAAUAUUUGA